AUGAUCCUCGAUCGGUCCUCUUCAAAGUUCUGGCACAUCUUGGCCUUCUUGUUCACCGUCCAGGAGAUCAACCAGGAUCCCAAGCUCUUACCCAACAUCACUCUUGGGUACAACCUCUAUAACAACUAUCUUAAUGAAAGAAUAACUUCUGAUGCCAUGAUAGACCUGCUUGCAGGCGGCGGAAGCAAUAUUCCAAACUAUAACUGUGGAAAACGGAAUAAGCUGCUGGCUGUUUUUGAAAGAGCCAGUAUUGAAAUCUCAAAACAGAUUUCAACCAUGUCAGGCUUGUACAAAAUCCCACAGAUCAGUUAUGGCUUUAGUGCUCAGGAUGUUGAUAAGACCGAGUCCCUUUUAGUCUACCGGAUGGUCCCCAGAGAAGACACUCAGUACCGGGGGAUUGUCAAGUUGCUCCUGCAUUUUGGAUGGACGUGGAUCGGUCUUGUUACUCCAGACAAUGACAAUGCAGAAAGGUUCUUGAAUGCCGACCACUGCACAAAAUGUCCAGAUGAUCAGCAUCCAAACACAGAACAAGAUCAGUGUAUUCACAAGACUAUCACCUUCCUGACUUAUGAAGAAAAUUUGGGGGUCAUCUUAGUUUCCAUUUCCCUAUUCUUGACCUUAACCACAGGAUUUGUUUUAGGAAUCUUCAUCAAAUUCCUAGAAACUGCCAUAGUCAAAGCUAACAACUGGGACCUCUCCUUCAUCCUCCUCAUCUCCCUCCUGCUCUCCUUUCUGUCCUCCUUCCUGUUCAUUGGCAGGCCAAGGAAAGCAACCUGCCUUCUCCGACAAACAGCCUUCAGCAUCAUCUUCUCAGUCGCCAUCUCUUCUGUCCUGGCAAAAACCAUCACUGUGGUGCUGGCCUUCCUGGCCACAAAGCCAGGGAACAAAGUGAGGAGAUGGCUGGGGAAGAGUCUGGCUAACUCCAUUGUCAUCUCCUGCACCAGUGUCCAAGUUGUCAUCUGCACUAUCUGGCUGGGGAUCUCUCCCCCAUUCCCUGAAUCUGAUAUGCACUCACAGCCUAGAGAGAUCAUCCUGCAAUGCAAUGAAGGGUCUGUCUCCAUGUUUUAUGGUUCCCUUGGCUACAUGGGCUUCCUGGCUGCCAUCUGCUUCACAGUGGCUUUCCUAGCCAGGAAGCUACCUGGGGCCUUCAAUGAAGCCAAGCUGAUCACCUUCAGCAUGCUGGUCUUCUGCAGUGUUUGGGUGUCCUUUGUGCCCACCUACCUGAGCACGAAGGGGAAAUACAUGGUAGCCGUGCAGGUCUUCUCUAUCUUGGCCUCCAGUGCUGGGCUUCUGGUCUGCAUUUUUGUUCCCAAGUGCUACAUUAUUGUCCUCAGGCCUGAUCUGAAUGCAAAGGAGCACCUGGCCACAAAAAUGAAAGAUGACCUCUGA